AUGAAUUUCACCGCGUCCGAGCACCACGACACCUCCCACAAGGGCCAUGCUGUUCUGGCCACCGGCGCCUCUCGAGGUGUCGGCCGCACGAUAGCCAGCUCCUUCGCGCAGGCCAGUGCGUCGGAAAUCGCAAUUGCUGCCCGCACCAAUCUGGACGCCGUGGAAUCGACCAUCCUGUCGCCGCUACGUCUGCCGGCCACCCAGCGCCGAAGGUCCUGA